GACUCUCUUUCCCCCCUCUGCAGCUCACAGCGGCCGACGGGGCCCCAUGGAGGGGCGGUUGAGCGCAGUCGCAGAGCAGUAGCCGCAGCAGUGGGAUGUUUACCUGGAGGUCCCUCAUCCUUUGGGCUGUGCUGGUCACAGCCACGCUGUCAGCUGCCAGACCGGCCCCCACGCUUCCUGACCAAGCUCUGCCCAAAGCGAACAUCGAGGUGGAAUCCCACUCUGCACACCCCGGCGAUCUCCUCCAGCUGCGCUGCCGGCUGCGCGACGACGUGCAGAGCAUCAACUGGGUGCGUGAUGGAGUGCAGCUGCCUGAGAACAACCGCACACGCAUCACCGGCGAGGAGGUAGAGGUGCGGGAUGCGGUGCCCGAGGAUUCGGGGCUCUAUGCCUGCAUGACCAACAGCCCCUCGGGGAGUGAGACCACCUACUUCUCCGUCAACGUCUCAGACGCACUCCCUUCUGCAGAGGAUGAUGAUGAUGAAGAUGAUUCCUCCUCGGAGGAGAAGGAGGCGGAUAACACCAAGCCAAACCAGGCUGUAGCUCCUUACUGGACCUAUCCUGAGAAGAUGGAGAAGAAGCUACACGCCGUCCCUGCUGCCAAAACAGUGAAAUUCAAGUGCCCCUCAGGUGGGACGCCCAACCCCACGCUGCGCUGGCUGAAGAAUGGCAAGGAGUUCAAGCCUGACCACCGCAUCGGGGGGUACAAGGUCCGCUAUGCCACCUGGAGCAUCAUCAUGGACUCGGUGGUGCCAUCAGAUAAAGGAAACUACACGUGCAUCGUGGAGAACAAAUACGGGAGCAUCAACCACACCUAUCAGCUGGAUGUUGUGGAGCGCUCCCCGCAUCGGCCCAUCCUGCAGGCAGGGCUCCCUGCCAACAAAACGGUGGCCCUGGGCAGCAACGUGGAGUUCGUCUGCAAGGUCUACAGCGACCCACAGCCCCACAUCCAGUGGCUGAAACACAUCGAGGUGAACGGCAGCAAGAUCGGCCCCGACAACUUGCCCUACGUGCAGAUCCUGAAGACGGCUGGCGUUAACACGACAGACAAAGAGAUGGAAGUCCUUCACUUAAGGAAUGUCUCAUUUGAGGAUGCUGGGGAGUAUACAUGUUUGGCGGGUAAUUCUAUUGGGAUCUCCCAUCACUCUGCAUGGUUGACAGUUCUCGAAGCUAUUGAGGACUCACCAGCCAUGAUGACGUCCCCCCUCUACCUGGAGAUCAUCAUUUAUUGCACCGGCGCCUUCCUCAUCUCCUGCAUGGUGGUGACAGUCAUCAUCUAUAAGAUGAAGAGCACCACCAAGAAGACAGACUUCAACAGCCAGCUGGCCGUGCACAAGCUGGCCAAGAGCAUCCCACUGCGCAGACAGGUGUCGGCUGACUCCAGCUCCUCCAUGAACUCGGGUGUGAUGUUGGUGAGGCCCUCACGGCUCUCCUCCAGUGGAACCCCCAUGCUGGCUGGUGUCUCUGAGUAUGAGCUGCCCGAGGACCCGCGCUGGGAACUGCCACGGGACAGGCUGAUCCUGGGCAAGCCGCUGGGAGAAGGCUGCUUUGGGCAGGUGGUGCUGGCUGAGGCCAUUGGCCUGGACAAGGACAAGCCAAACCGUGUCACCAAAGUGGCCGUGAAGAUGCUCAAGUCCGACGCCACAGAGAAGGACCUGUCUGACCUCAUCUCCGAGAUGGAGAUGAUGAAGAUGAUCGGCAAGCACAAGAACAUCAUCAACCUGUUGGGGGCCUGCACGCAGGACGGGCCCCUCUAUGUCAUCGUGGAAUACGCCAGCAAAGGCAACCUGCGUGAGUACCUGCAGGCACGGCGCCCGCCGGGUAUGGAGUACUGCUACAACCCCACUCGUGUCCCCGAGGAGCAGCUCUCCUUCAAGGACCUGGUGUCCUGUGCGUACCAGGUGGCGCGUGGCAUGGAGUACCUGGCCUCCAAAAAGUGCAUCCACAGGGAUCUGGCAGCCAGGAACGUGCUGGUGACCGAAGACAACGUGAUGAAGAUCGCUGACUUCGGGCUGGCCCGUGACAUCCACCACAUCGAUUACUACAAGAAGACGACAAACGGCCGCUUGCCAGUGAAGUGGAUGGCCCCGGAGGCUCUGUUCGACCGAAUAUACACUCAUCAGAGUGAUGUUUGGUCCUUCGGCGUGCUGCUUUGGGAGAUCUUCACUCUGGGCGGUUCGCCGUACCCUGGUGUGCCUGUGGAGGAGCUUUUCAAGCUGCUGAAGGAGGGCCACAGGAUGGACAAGCCCAGCAACUGCACCAACGAGCUGUGAGUGCUGGGGGGGCAGUGGGAACGUGAGCGCCGUGCCUGCGGUGCCAUCCGUGCUGAGCUCUGUGCUGGGUGCAGGCAGCUGCACGCUGGGGAAGGCAGAUGCUCAGAAUUACUUUUGCAGUGUCCCCUUACCUGCAAAACGUCAGCUAAAUCUGUUUGCGAUGACCAACGUCAGGCCUCCCUUUGCUAUUGCUCUGCAGGAGUGAAUCCCAAAAUGACCCCGCGGCUGUGCCCUCACACAGCAGCCCUGUGUCCUGCCCCACGUCCUUCCUCAGGGGGCUGAGCCCCACUCCCUACCCCACAUUCUUCCUCAGGGGGCUGAGCCCCACUCCCUACCCCACAUUCUUCCUCAGGGGGCUGAGCCCCAUUCCCUGCCCCACAUCUUUCCUCAGGGGGCUGAGCCUCACUCCCUGCCCCACAUCCUUUCCUCAAGAGGCUGAGCCCCAUUCCCUGCCCCAUAUCCUUCCUCAGGGGGCUGAGCCCCAUUCCCUGCCCCACAUCCUUCCUCAGGGGGCUGAGCCCCACUCCCUGCCC